UGGGGAAAGUCCCUGUCAUGGGGUGCAAAACCAGUGUAGGGGCAAUUAGGUUCGUCAUUUUGGGUGCGAAAUACCGGUAACUUCGCCGCUGAGGGUUUUUUUUGUAGGACCGCGAAUUUCUUUUUUUUGUGGGCUUAUUUCAUUCGCGUGAGCUGGCGAGCAAAUGUUCGUUUUGCGAGUGCUAGCCAGUGUUAGCAAGCUAGCUCUUUGUGCUGGUAACUGAAUGAUGUUUUGUUUUUGUUGAACCGAGCCGCUCUCCCGUCGCCUGGGAGAGGACAUUUCUAAGUGUAUGGAAAACCCCCAGUAGAUCGAGUUUGCCUCAUGCGUAAUUACUGAACUGUUGGUGAAGGUGGCCCUUAGAAUCGACUAUUUGUAAAGUGACAUCGACAGGGGAAAGAGUUUGAAGAGGACGGAGAUGGGAAACUGUCUAAAAUCUCCGACCUCGGAUGAUAUUUCUCUGCUGCACGAAUCUCAGUCCGACCGAGCCAGUUACGGAGACGGAGCUGACCCCGAUCAGGAGCCACCGCCUCCUUACCAGGAGCAGAUUCACGUGCCUGUGUACCAUCCAACGCCUAGCCAGGCCCGGCUCGCUACCCAGCUGACGGAAGAGGAGCAGGUCCGCAUUGCUCAACGAAUUGGCCUCAUCCAGCACCUCCCCAAGGGCGUCUACGACCCGGGACGGGAUGGUUCUGAGAAGAAGAUCAGAGAGUGUGUGAUCUGUAUGAUGGACUUUGUUUAUGGGGACCCCAUCCGGUUCCUGCCCUGCAUGCACAUCUACCACAUGGACUGUAUAGAUGACUGGCUCAUGAGGUCUUUCACCUGCCCCUCCUGCAUGGAGCCUGUGGAUGCUGCGCUGCUUUCCUCUUACGAGACAAACUGAUGUGCACAUGCACCCGCAGACACAGGGCAAGGACACACGAAGAUGGCGAGGCCCACGUGCACACACACACACACACACACACACACAAAGAAACGCACACAACCUCCAGCCGGUCGACCUGCAAAUCCAUUAACCCUGGCCGAGAAGGGAGGCUGAAGUAGGUGUCAUCGUCAAGCGAGAAAUCAAAAGGCCUGCUGGACAGGUUUCUCUGAUGGUGGAAAAAAGGAAUGGGCAAAGAUGUUGAGGACAGGAGGAGAAAAGACAAAUGGGAUUGGGGGGGAUGAAGAUGGAUGGGGGAGGGGGUGUUUCAAAAUAGAAGCAAGCAGGGCAGAAGUUGUUAUGGACCAAAUGUUUAUUUGUGUGACCAGGAAAUAUUUCCAGCAUCUUGCUUUUGAAAAACGCACCUACAAAGACACACCUCCCCCAAAACUAACUGUCGGUUGAGAUUAUCCUAUUCAGUGUGUGAAAGUAAGGACACCUAAAUGCCAUCAUUGGUCUAAGGUAUUGCACGUGUCGGAUUCAGAAACCCGAUUCUUGAUCUUACAAUAAUAAAACACGAGGGAAAUGGAGGGAGGAAAUGCUCAUGGGACUUGCCAGAUAUGUAGAUAACUAUCCAAAAACAAAAAAGCCUGCUAUAGUAUCAUAUCUCAAGCAAAAACUGCUGGAUAUGCAGAUACCUGAUUUAAAAAAAAAAAAAGGAAGUUGGACUGUAGAUGUCUGCCACAAAAAAAGCAAAUGUUCUCUGUAUAAAUAUGAUGUGCUGCACACAGGCCUUGAUUUGUGUACCUGUACAGAUCUCUUACAGAGAAGGAAAAAAGGUUGGUUAAAUGACUGUCCUGUGGUUUUGUGAAAUCUGUCCUGUAUUCUGUCAGUCAGCACAAGGGCUCUGUUGAACUCAUAUUUAUUAACAAGGGGGAAAGAAGUACAAUAGACCUGCUAAAAUAGAAUGUGUGCUUGAAUCACUAAUGUGAUGCAUAGCUACCAUAGAAAUGGCUAUAGAGCGAUAUACUCUUCAUGACAAUUGAGUCACAGUGAGGCUUCACAUUACUGGCCAAAGCACAAAGCAGUUCUGUGGACAGGUUAUCAAAUGUCUGAGAAAUAUUUGCACUUCUUCAUACGAAAUAUUCAGCAAAUGCAUUCAAUACAGUACUGAAAAGUGAAAGUAUGUGGUAUUUGAAGUUGAUGUUUUUCAAUAUUCGAGAUGAUAUAAGCAAACUGUGUGUUCCAAGAAUCCCCCACCCAAAGAAUCUGUGAGUGAUGACGAAAAACUAAACUACUGACUUGACUUCAGAAAGGGUGUCCUGGUCACAUGUUAUAUUAACUCAGUCGUUUAAUUGCAAGAACAAGUGUUUACCUUUUUUGGUUACUGAGAAUAUUGGAUCACACAUGGAGCUUUGCAGUGGUAAAGGUGUUUGUUUACCAUUUCCAUAGCAGGAAUCUUGCAGCCAGGUCACAGAGCCAGUUCUAAAACAUGCAAAAGAGACACAAUACUCCAGCAGCUGCUUUCACCAGGACGUAGAUGACUACAAGAGGGAUCCGGUUCUUAGUCAUGUGAGUCAACUGUGAUAUCUGAGAAAUGUGAUCACUUUGAUGAGACCAUGAGUUGAUCUGUGUCUUAGUGUUCAUUAUUUGAACUGGUGUCUUUCGAUGAGGAUUAAGUUCUUUUGAUUGUUUUGCUGCCUAUUCCUGAGGGGCAUGUAUCAUUUCUUCUCUUCUCAUUUGAAAAUAAUUUUCAAUGCUAGUUCAUUUCCCACUUUCAUAAUGUUUAGGUCUGUGCCUCUUGACAUUCAGAAAAUGUUGAUAGCCUAAGUCACCCAGUUAACUGUAAAAGCACAAGAAGACAUUAAAAAGCUCAUUUGUAUUUACCUGCUCCCAUGUUAUUUUGACAUUGCAAGAGGGUCAAAAGUACUCUCGAUUUUUGCAGGACCUAAAAUGUUGCCCAUCUCCCUUCUUUAGAGGUCAUGGUGCACAUCUCAAACGCGCGCGCACGCAAACACGCAGUGGGCUGAACUGCCCCGAUUAGUGGGCGACUAGAGAUAGACUGGCGAUAUAAGCACCUUGGUUUUGCACCGUUCUUCUGGCUACUUCAUUACUAUGUUGAACGUAUUUCUCCAUCGUCAAGGUGGAGCUUCAAUGCCUUAGGUUAAAAUGUUAGUGGGGGCUGGUAUUUGCUGCUAAUGCAAGAUUCCAUCUAAUUAAAUAAACAAAAGAGGGGCAUUGGGCAAUUGGACAUUCUUGGGCGGUCAGGUGGCACACAAUCAUUGUGCAUAUGAAGUUGGGGAUCCCCAGCGUUUGCUGAAAACUGUCCAAUUACUUUUUCUAAAAGGAAAAUUUUGUCAUUGUAACACGGGACUUGGCCCGGAUCGCCUUCCCCCCCCUGGAUAAGCAGUUGGUCUCCUCGAGUUCCUCAUUCUGCCCAUAACGGUCCUGGCGCACCACGAGGAGCGGCCUAUUGGCCAGACGGGUGGAAGGAGGAGCCUAGAAACAUGAUCGUUCCAGUACAUCCAAUAGGCUGACAGCUGGGCUGGACCUGCAAAGUUAAGGGGCGGAGCGAGGGAAAUGUUGAAGGUCACAUGAUCGUGUGUGUGUGUGUGUGUGUGUGUGUGUGUGUGUGUGUGUGUGUGUGUGUGUGUGUGUGUGUGUGCGCGCGCGUCCCGUAGUCCCACUAAACUCACUGGAGGGAGGUUUUGCUCACACUGGCAUGCACACGUCUAACGGCUUAUUAAAACGAGUAGUCUGCCAAGGCCAGACUCUUAAUAGUCAUACUGGACUAAACAGUCACUCAGACACUUGGUCAAACUCACAUUUAUGCAGUAAACGGGAAAUCUGGUUGUCAACCCCUCGGGUCCGUAUUCACUGAUAAUGAAACAGUUGCAGAAGACUGUUUUUAAUUCCCACUGUGGGACAGACUCGUUUAUAUAAUCACAAACUGUCCCAGAUCACAAAAGUGACGAGGGAAACAUGGUAUAGGAUUGUUUUUCUUCACAGGAUCACUUUUGUGAUACGUGUACGGUUCAUGUGUGUGUCGGUACGGAUGUGUAUGAAAGUUUGUUAGAAUUUCCCCUAUUUGUAAGUAUACACGUGCAUAUGAUAUAUACUACAGGUAAA